AUGCGUCGGGCGGUGUCCGCUAACGCAGCGGCCCAGCGCCGCCGUCGGGCCCGUUUGACAGAGGCGCAGCGGCAGGCUCAGGCCGAACGGAACGCGGCCCAGCAGCGAGCGCGCCGGCAGAGGGAGGCUGUACGGGAGGCCAAGGCUGCUCGCCAGCGGGAGCGCGCGGACGACGACCGGGUGCGACAGCUCAACGCCGAGAGGCAGCGCGCGUUCCGAGCCGCACAGGAGGAGCACAGGCAGGCGGAGCUGGAGGCGAACGCGGCGCGCCUCCGCCAGCGGCGAGAGGAGCAGGAGGAGGCGGAGAGGCAGGCCGAGCUUGCCGAGGGUGCCCGGCGCCACCAGCAGCAGCGCGCUGCCGCCCGUGCGAGGCCAGCCUCGCUAGCGGCCCGCCGACCAGCGGCCGUUUUGUCCGGCGAGCAGGUGGUGGAGGCCGAUAAUGUCGGCACCGGCGGGUACGCGCCGUGUGUGGUGGUGCAGGGGCGGCUGUACCACCGCAUUGGACCGCUGGAAGCCCCUGAAGACCGGCCACCCUCCUUCGCCCAGAUAUACAUCAGCGACCCGCUGGCCGAAGAUCCGGAGGCUGAAGCGGCCAUUCGACUCGGUCAUGUGCGCCUUCCGACAGCGACCUCUACCGCCGUGCAGCACCGGCUGCUGGACCUGCUGGGACAGCUUCAGGCCAUGCUGCGCCAAGUCAACCCCUGGGUGCACGAUUUUAUCAUGGCUGCCGAGAUCCUGGCCCAGGAGGUGGAGCAUCGGCAGCUGAUCAUCAGCGUUGCAGCCCGACCCGCUGGCCAGCACGCGCGCCGCUACAACGCCCCCGAGGGACUGCGUGAGGUGGCUGUCCUCAUGGGAGAGGAGCCCGGACAGCACGACCUGAUCAGGCCCCACCAGGACGACAGCCUCCACCGCGCCGGUCGCCUGUUCCAAGAGUUUGUCUGUAUGGCCUACGCCAAGGUCGAGGCCAUCCGGCUGAAGUACAUCUCCACCCACCAGCGCGAGAUCCGGGCGGACCUCUACCAGAGCGUCCGUGACGCCGUGGCGGCUGACGCGGAGCUCGGCCAGCAGGAGCAGCCCGAGGAGGGACGUGAGCAGGCUGGUGUACCGGUCGUCGGGAGACGAGUCGUUCUGCCGGCUACUUUCAUCGGUGGACCCCGCCAUACGAGGCAACGUUACAUGGACGCCAUGGCCAUCGUGAGGGCCAAGGGGAAGCCGACCCUCUUCAUUACCAUCACGUGUAAUCCGAAGUGGCCGGAGAUCGCAAACGCCCUGUUGCCCGGACAGAAGCCCGAGGAUCGACCCGACUUGGUGGCGCGAGUGUUCCACCUCAAGCUCCGCCGCAUCAUCGGGGACCUGACCAAGCAGGCCGUCUUCGGCAAGCCGAGCGCCUUCAUGUGGGUCAUCGAGUUUCAGAAGCGCGGCCUGCCUCACUGUCAUCUCCUGCUCAUCCUGCAGCCGGAGGACCGGCCUCGGACCGGCGCCGAUGCGGACACGAUCGUCUCGGCGGAGCUGCCGGACCCCACCGAAUCGCCGCAGUCGGCCCGUGUGCAGCAGAUUGUCCUCACCAGCAUGGUUCACAACGAGUGCGGCGCUGCUCGGCCAACCGCCACCUGCAUGAAAGACGGUCAGUGCUCCAAACGGUUCCCGAAACCGCUCUCCCACGAGACCAUCUGGCAGGAGGACCGCACGUACCCCCAGUACCGGAGGCGCGGACCCGAGGACGGCGGCCAGCAGGCGGAACACAAUGGGAGGCUGGUGACGAACCAGUGGGUCGUGCCCUACAAUCCGCUCCUCAGCCUUCGCUACGAGUGUCACAUCAACGUGGAGGUGUGCUCCUCUGUGGACGGAGUUAAGUACCUUUUUAUGUACAUUUACAAGGGCUCCGACCGGCAGAUGGUCCGCGCAGAUCAGCUGAUCGAGGCCGGUCAGGACGAGGUGGCAGCUUUCCGAGACCUCCGCUCCAUUGGUGCGAGCGAAGCAUGCUGGCGGCUGUUCAGCUUCGAGAUGAGCGACCGGUCACCAGCGGUGCUGGCGCUACAGGUUCAUCUCGAAGACCAUCAGCUGAUCUUCUUCCAGCCUGGGGAGGAGCGGCAGGCAGUGGCUGGGGAGCCACGCCACACGCAGCUGACUGCCUGGAUGACCUACAAUCGGGCGUCGGCCGGCGAGGACCCCGAGUGCCUCCGGGUGCUCUACCCGGACUUCCCCCAGAAGUACCGCUGGGACGCCGGCCAGAAGCGGUGGCACCGGCGCCGCAACAUGCAGGCGGCGCCCACCAUCGGCCGGGUGGUGAGUCUCACACCCAGGCACGGGGAUGUAUUCUACCUCCGGGUAUUGCUGCAUCACGUCCCCGGCGCCACGACAUUCGCCGAGCUGCGCACGGUGGACGGCCAGGUGUGCGGCACACACCAGGAGGCGUGUCGGCGGCGUGGCCUGCUCCAGGACGACCAGGAGUGGGCGGAGACGCUGGCUGAGGCCGUCCGCACCCAGCGCCCCGGCCAGCUCAGGCAGCUGUUUGUGGUGCUGCUGCUAUUUUGCGCGCCGGCCGAUCCCGCAACCCUCCUCCACCGGUUCCAGGCAGCAAUGGGAGAAGACUUCGCCCGCCGCCACCCAGAGCUGCCGCCGGAGACGGUGACGGGACUGGUGCUACUGCGCAUCAGCGACUCCCUCCAGCGGGCCGGCAAGACGCUGGAGGACUUCGGCCUGCCGCCCGUGCCAGCUGAACACCAAGCAGCGGCCGCCGCCUUGGAGGGGACCGAGGAGCUGCGGCGCCUGCCUCCCAUUAUACGGGAGGAGGUCGACUUCGACCGUGCCGACCUUCAGCACACCGUCGACCAGCGGCUGCCAGGCCUACUGCCGGAUCAGCGCCAGGCGGUGGACACGGUGCUGGCCGCGGUCGACGGCCAGGAGCCGCUCGCCCUAUUCUUGGACGGCGCCAGGUGGGAGGGUCCCUUUAAUCUGCUCAUCUCUGCGGUGCGAGCCAAGGGCCUGGUGGCACUUGCCGUGGCGUUCAGCGGUAUCGCCGCUACACUGCUGGACAGCGGGAGGACUUUUCACAGCCGUUUUAAAGCUCCUCUGCGACCGGACGACACCGUCAUCUUCAACAUCUCCGCCCAGAGCGAGCUCGCCCAGCUGAUCCGGUUAGCGCGCCUCAUCGUGAUGGAUGAGGCUCCGAUGGCGCACCGGCACCACAUCGAGGGCCUCGACCGGACGCUGCGCGACCUGACGGGGUCUGAUCAGCUGUUCGACGGCAAGGUGGUGGUGCUGGGCGGCGACUUCCGGCAGGUUCUGCCUGUCGUCCGGCACGCCAACCAGGCAGGCGUCGUGGACGCCAGUCUCCGUCGCUCGCCGCUGUGGCGCCACUUCAGAGUACACCGGCUGCGGGAAAACAUGCGCGCCAGGCUGGCGCAGGAGGAGAACCAACAGGCCGAGCUGGAAGAGUUCUCCACCUGGCUGCUGCAGCUCGGCAACGGCGAGCUGCCCACAGACGCCGAGGGACGGGUCACCCUGCCGCCGGCGCUGGUGCUGGAAGCCGAGUUGCCGGCCGUCAUCGACUGGACCUUCGGCAACCUGACCGACGCCGACAGCAUGGCGUCCCGCGCCGUGCUGGCGCCCACUAACAGCACCGUCGACUCGGUGAACAGUUAUGUCACCGACAUCUUCCCGGGCCAGGCCGUGGAGUGCCUCAGCGUAGACGCCACCGUCGGGGAGGAGCAGGAGCCGGUACCCCAGGAGUACCUCAACGGGCUGUGUGUGCCGGGCCUCCCGCCUCAUCACCUGCUUUUGAAGCCCGGCAUGCCAGUCAUCCUGCUCCGAAACAUCGACCCGGCCAGGGGACUGUGUAACGGCACCCGGCUCCUGGUGGUGGCCGUCCACGGCGGCCGGCUCCUGGAGGCGACCGUGGCCUGCGGCAGCGCGGCCGGCCGCCGGGUUCUCAUCCCCCGCCUGACGCUGCAGCCGCCGGACGACGCCUUCCCGUUCGAGUGGCGGCGGCGCCAGUUCCCGGUGCGGCCCGCCUUUGCGCUCACAACACGGGCUUGCCGAUAA